AGUUGUAGUAGCCACCAGCAGAUAGCUUCCCCGGAACUCCGCAGCCGUAUCGGCUCCCACUUUUUCCACAUCGGGGUUCGGACCAACAUGGCUGCUUACGGAUGGAAAUACUGAUGACUGUCCGCAAGAUCGCCUCGAUUUGUACGAUGGGCGCCAAUGCCUCAGCCUUGGAAAAGGAAAUAGGACCGGAACAGUUUCCUGUUAAUGAACACUACUUUGGAUUGGUCAAUUUUGGGAACACCUGCUACUGUAAUUCUGUGCUGCAGGCUCUGUAUUUCUGUCGACCGUUCAGAGAGAAGGUGUUGGCAUAUAAGGUGCAGCCACGUCGCAAGGAGUCACUUCUCACCUGCCUUGCCGACCUGUUCAACAGCAUCGCCACGCAGAAGAAGAAAGUCGGAGUUAUCCCCCCCAAAAAGUUCAUCUCACGUCUCAGAAAAGAAAAUGAGCUGUUUGACAACUACAUGCAGCAGGACGCCCAUGAGUUCCUCAACUACCUCCUCAACACCAUCGCAGACCUCCUACAGGAGGAGAAGAGCCAGGAGCGGCAGCAGAACGGAAAGCUGGUGCAGAAUGGAGGAGGGGGGGUGAGUGCAGGAGGAGAUGCGGGGGACGGGGACGCAGGAAAGGAAACGCAACAGACGUGGGUCCACGAGAUCUUCCAAGGCACACUGACCAACGAGACCCGCUGCCUCAACUGCGAAGCCGUGAGCAGUAAAGACGAAGACUUCCUGGAUUUAUCUGUUGACGUAGAGCAGAAUACCUCCAUCACACACUGUCUCCGGGGCUUCAGCAACACAGAAACACUAUGUAGUGAGUAUAAGUACUACUGUGAGCAGUGCCGGAGUAAACAGGAAGCUCAGAAAAGGAUGAGGGUAAAAAAGCUGCCAAUGAUCCUUGCCCUCCACCUAAAGCGCUUUAAAUACAUGGACCAGCUACAUCGCUAUACCAAACUGUCCUAUCGUGUCGUCUUCCCCCUGGAGCUGCGGCUCUUCAACACAUCCGGAGAUGCCACCAAUCCAGAUCGUAUGUACGACCUGGUGGCAGUGGUGGUCCACUGUGGAAGCGGUCCUAACCGAGGACACUACAUCACCAUCGUGAAGAGCCAUGGCUUCUGGCUGCUGUUUGAUGAUGACAUCGUAGAGAAAAUUGACGCUCAAGCCAUCGAGGAGUUCUACGGUUUAACAUCAGACAUUUCCAAGAACUCGGAAUCAGGCUACAUCCUGUUCUACCAGUCCAGAGACUGAAGCGGUCCAUCCCCAGGUGAACUGUCACUCAACGGAGAGGCGGGGCUUCCAGCUCCACCUGGCGCCGCCCGCUCCCCUCACUUCAGUAUCCAGGCUCUGUUCCCUGUUGGCGGAGCUGUGCACUGGAGUUUUGUUUGGGGUGGUCAGAUUUGUAUCCUGUCCGUCAAAAGUUCUGACCCGCACUGAAGCAGGCACCUUUAACAGAGAGGACCACGGAGAGUGGAAAGUCAGACGCCGCUGAUGUUUGUAGUCAUGGAGAUGCAGCUCUCACGAUGAGUUCCUCAUCAACAGUUUCUUAGUUUUAACUAAUGCUUUGCUCUGAGUUGUUGGUCACAUGACCACACUGACAUCAAGUGGAGACCCAGAGUUGCCAGUUGAAGAUCCGAGCAGUAAACUACAGUUCUCUGCAUAAAAGCACAAUAGGUGAACACACAACUCUCAUACAGUCUAUUUAACAGCAGUAUCUUAAUUUAUUUGAAAAUCUAUUGUGUGUCCGUACAUGAAUGUUCACCCACAAGAAACGCGUUUCUUUUUAAUAUUAGAGUGUUGAGCUUAGGUUAACAAGACACUUUGAGAUCCAUCGAUGUUAACAUUUAAUCCAAGUAAGUCAAACGGUCGAGGGAUCGUAGACACGGUGCUGUGUUCUACUCUAAAUAGAUCCAUAUUAACUGUACAUGAUCACAUGAUGAUUUAUAGAUGGAAAUGUGUGGAAUAUCUGCACGCAAGGCUCAAACACAUAAGUUGUUUUCACAAGUCGGUUACCAAGUAAAUAUCCAUAAUGGAUUCACUGCAAAACAAUGAAGGUUUCUGAAAACAGAAAUCAGAUCAAUGUGUAUUUGAAAUGGUGGGAAAAGGAAUUUAAAACUUGUUCAAACCAUUUGUUUGCCUUUCAUCUAUCAUCACUUGUCUUUCCUGUUCUCCUUCCUCGGCUGGAACUCAGAAUUUUCUGAAUGUCAUCUUUUGACUGGUAUUUAAGCAGAUUUUGAGAAAAAAAGUCAUGUAGUAUAAAUUAAUGUUUGACUUUCUUCACUCAAAAAAAGUUUCAAAUGUGAAACACGACCGUUUCAUCAUCUCCCCCUUGGUAUUUAAUAAUCUCUAUAGUUAAGGCUUCAAGACAACACUACCACACUGCUGCAUCCUCACCUCAUGACAGGAUCCUAUGGGUGUGAGUGGGACACGUACAUUUCUCAAACAGGAAGGAGAGCUUCAAAUGACAUGAAAUGCACUCCAGACGGUGAGUAAGCGUAAGCGCCAGUCAGCGACGGAUCGACUCGCUCAAAUGCAUCCGUCAACACUUGAAUUGCUGAGCACAAACGUUCGGGGUUGAAGAGCCGAGCUUGUCGUCCGCUCCUCCCCGUCAGCAUUUCCAUGAAGAAAAGCAGUCUGAUCCGAUAAUUAACCAAAAUGAUCGGAAACCUGUGUCCGCACAAAUCUUUUACUGAAUAUUAUUAAUACUAUGAAUGUUAACUUUUUUGUUUGAUGUUACACUUGUUUUUACAUAUAAAUUUAUAUAUAUUUUACAAAUUUCACUGGUCUACCAUUGUAGGCAGCUCUUGAUAUGUGAGGAUUUAUUUUAUUUUAAUUUGGGGAGAAUGUAAUGAGUGAUGUUGAUGUGUACAUAAAUACAGAUGUUAUUAUUGGAAUUUAAAUAAAUGCUUGCU